AUGACUCUAGAAAACAGAACGUCUCCUCUAAGCUUGCGGAAGACGCUCCGAGAUCGAUACGAGGCCCGUAGCCGCAAAUCAUGUCUUCCAUGCCGGGAGCGAAAAGUGCGCUGCAACCGUCAACAGCCAUGUUUGACUUGUAUCAAACGUGGACACUCGGAUCUCUGUUCCUAUCCGUGCUCUUCCCAGCAGAGAGAACUUCGAGAAGAAAACAAUCUCGGGGACAACGUAAUCCACAACAUUGAGAGCUCACCCUCCAGUCCAACAGCCAGACAAGAGUCACAAGAGCAGAGCGACAGACAGGCAUCACCCGCGAGGCCGUCAUUCCUAGGAUCCGGCUCUAUCCUGACACUUGCCGGGCAGAACGAGGUGUCACAUGGCGAACGAAGCGGUAGACAAGAAGCGUUUGAAACUGGGAUAUUCCCUCUUUUUGGGAUGGAGUCUCAGGUGACAGAGGACGGCCCUAUUCCUUCAAAUGACGACGUCAAGCUGGCUUUUUCUUCCAUCCCCCCAGAUCAGGAGAUUAUGGAGCUUUUUAGUCAUUUCAAAUCUCGCUUCUACCCUUUCCAGCCGGUAUUCUACGACGUUGACUAUAUUGAAUCUGUGGUUUCAUCCCUUAUCGGGGGAGGAUGUCAAGCCCCGAAAGUGACCACACAUUUUCUCUGCCUUUUCCAUGCCAUAUUGGCGGCAGGAGCUCAGUUUUCGGACAGGCCUGUUGAACAGAGAUCAAAGCUCUUCCACAAACACUUGCGACACGCUUUAAAUCAUCUCGGAACAUUUGAAGCGAUUUUGAGCCCGACGAUAGAAAUAAUCCAAGGCCUGAUCGUAAUAUCGCAGAUCUUGCAGAACGAUGUGAACCCGCGUGGGGCUUGGAUCCUCAGCGGAAUAACUAUUAGAUCUGCACUUUGUCUUGGAGUCCACAAGAGGGGACCGAGGCCAGAAAGCUCUCAACUUUCUUCCGGAGAUGCUGCAAACCUACGGUGGGAACUCUAUCCUAUUUGUAUACUUACUGAUAUUCCUGUUGACAAUGCUAAAUCAUUCUCUAGGAUGGCCAUCGUUUGGCAGGACACGCUCUUAUCCAUGGCAUUUGGUAGAAAUCCAACUUCCCAUGAGAUGUAUCACGAAACGGACCUGCCGCCAAUGGUUCAGCACGGCUCUGAGCCCGCUGGACUGACCUAUAGACAGGCGAUGAAUUGGAUAUGUCACGCGUCAAUGAAAUACUUCGUGGUACCAGCUUCUCCGCCUGAAUCGGCAGUCUACAACGAUAUUUUCCGCACAUUUGCUGAAAUCCGAGCAUCCUGUGCGAAGCAUAUACGGGAAAGAAGCGAGUGCCGGUCUUUGCUCGAGGUGCAAGAGCACUACAGUUUCAUACUGCACAGAAAUUUUGGAAUUUCAUUCCUUUGCAGACCGAUUCUCUCCAGGCAAGGAAGACAAAAGAUGCCCCCAAAAGAUGCCUCCGACAUUCUUUCUCGUGUUCUAGACGCGCUAAAACAAAGCGCCACAGCUUUUGUAUCCCUCCGGUCCAUUUCCAACUACUCUACUCGGUCUUGGGCAUUUCUUCAUAAUGGCCUCUGCUCUGCCCUAAUGCUGGGGUUCAUUGAGCAAACAAAGGGGCUGGAGGAAACCAAGGAUAUCCAGACCCAACUUAUAGCCAGUUUGGAAGCGAGCCAGGAGCUAAAGGGAGGAUCGCUUUCGAAUGCUUAUCAAAAAGCCCUGUGUGCCCUCAAAGCCCAGCGCAAGCUGGCGGAUGAAUCGAAUCUGACAAGAACUACGGAGCCCGGCCAAGUUGCCCCUGAGACAUUUUCUGCACCAUCCCCUUCGAUUGAGAACCCUCAAUUUCAAAACAGCCUGUUGGAUUCUACAGAUUUGAGCUCGUUUGAUAUGGACGAAUGGGUCCGCUCUGUGGAUUUUGGUUCUUACUCGCCACUGGAAGCAUACGAUUUUAUUAUGUCAGACCAAUUUGCGCCUGGUUCUCUAUUUUAG